AUGAAGUCAACUCUCGUCGUUGCCCUGCUGGCUGCGGUCGCAACGGCUGCGAAUCAUGUUGUUAACCAGACUACUUGUGCCGGCACUACCUACAAGUAUACUGGGUUAGCCGGAUACGGCUUUAUUCCGUCCAAUGCGCGGGACAAGUAUGGUGAUACCAUUGGUGGCAUUGGUAGUUCAAUUGCUAUCGAUCAAUCGUCGUGGCGCAAGUCGGACGAUGAUGUUUACUUAGGCACAAUCUAUACAAUCCCGGAUCGUGGAUGGAAUACCAAUGGAACCCUCAACUUCCAAUCGCGUAUUCACAAGUUUGCCUUGACCUUCAAGUUGGCUCCCCAUGCUUCGGCCAAGAAUCCCUCUGGCCCCAAUCUUCACCUGAAGUAUCUCGAUACUGUCCUCUUGACCGGGCCUGAUGGUAACCCUACCACUGGUCUGGAUGCCGAUGCUACUGGAAAUGCUUCGUACCCCGGCUUCCCGCCCUUGCCAGCGGCGACCUAUAUUGGCGAUGGCUUCGGCGGUCCUGGCAAGGGUGGCAAGAGGAUCUCCAUAGACGCAGAAGGUCUGGUUCUCGCACGGGACGGCGGCUACUGGGUCUCUGACGAGUAUGGCCCUUAUGUCUACAAGUUCAGUGCUUCCGGUCGCAUGGAGCUUGCAAUCCAGCCUCCGCAGGCCUACCUGCCUCGCCGGAACAACACUCUCAGCUUCAGUGCCGCCUCUCCGCCACUGUACGACCCGGCUGAGGUGCCUAUCCCCGAAGGCACCGACUCCGGACGUGACAACAACCAAGGCUUUGAGGGUUUGACCGUCUCUCCCGAUGGCAAGACCCUCUAUACACUGAUUCAGAGCUCGCUUGAUCAGGAGGGUGGUCCGAAGAAGCAAAAUCGGACACCGGCUCGCCUGCUGGCGUACGAUAUCUCUGGUAAGACCCCACGGUAUAUUCACGAGUGGGUUGUCAUACUGCCAAAAUACUUUGAUUAUACCUCGGACGACACGGACAAAGCGAUCAAGGUCGCAUCCCAGUCGGAGAUCCACCAGCUUCCGACAGGUGACUUCCUAGUUCUGUCCCGAGACUCGGGCUUUGGCCAUGGGCUAGACCAGUCGCUGUCCGUGUAUAGACAAGCUGAUAUAUUCUCCGUUUUGAAAAACCACUCUGUGACCGAUUUCAAGGGACAAAGUGACUAUGAUACCGCAACUGGUGCUAUUGCUUCGUCUAAGGGUGUACUCAAGGACGGCAUUACUCCGGCUGAAUACUGUUCAUUUUUGGACUUCAAUGUCAACUCGGAGUUGGCUAAGUUCCGUCUACACAAUGGCGGGGCUCAGGAUCAAUACUUGCUAAACGAGAAGUGGGAAAGUCUGGCUCUUGUCCCUGUGAAUCCCUCUAAAGAUGGCCACCAUCACAAGCGGGGUGAGCAGGAGUAUUUCCUGUUCAGUCUUAGCGAUAAUGACUUUAUCACUCAGGAUGGGCACAUGAACUUUGGCAAGUUCUCAUACAAAGACGCGUCAGGGUACAAUCUAGAUACACAGGCCCUGGUGUUCAAGGUUAAGUUCUAG